UCAACUCAACCUUCCUGCCGAUUCUUCCUGUUACAACACCUGUUACAACAUAUCCCGACGCCUUGCGCCCAACCGACCCAACUUUGGUCCAUAUUCAUUCUCAGAUUUCGUGGAACAUCUCUUCCUACCAGCGCCAGACUAUCCCUACCAGUUUAGACUACUCAUUGCGCAGCUUGCAGACAGCAUGGGAAGCGCGGAGCCGGCAGCAUCCGCCUUUGCGGCGCCACCAGAGUCCGUCACGUUCGACGGCCUCCUGUUCGAUAUGGACGGCACAAUCAUCGACUCGACCGACGCCGUCGUCAAGCACUGGCAGGCGAUCGGCCGGGAAAUAGGAGUCGAGCCCGAAGUUAUCCUGCAGACUUCUCACGGACGGAGAACCAUCGAUACCCUCCAACUCUUGGCCCCUGAGAAGGCAAACUGGGAGUACGUCAAGCAAAUGGAGGGUCUCCUGCCCAAGCUCUACGGAAACGACGCCGUCGAGAUUCCCGGCGCCCGCGCUCUCCUGCAAGACCUAAUCGCCCAGUCCGCGCCGUGGACCAUUGUCACGUCGGGGAGUCUUCCGCUCGUAUCUGGCUGGCUCACCGUCCUCAACCUCCCGACCCCUCCCCACCUGGUAACGGCCGAGUCCGUGGCCGUCGGGAAGCCGGACCCGGCCUGCUACCGGCUCGGGCGGGAACGUCUCGGCAUCAGCGGCGCCGAGAAGCAGGUCCUCGUCCUCGAGGACAGCCCCGCCGGCAUCCGGGCCGGCAAGGCGGCCGGGUGCAAGGUGCUCGCCGUGGUCACCAGCCAUACGGUCGAGCAGGUGCUGGGCGCCGAGCCCGACUGGGUGGUCCGUGACCUGUCGUCCCUGAGGUUGGUCAGCGUGGAGGGCGGCAGGGUGACGCUGGAGAUCCGGGAUGCGUUGCUUGUCAAGACGGAGUAAGAGGGAUUCUAGAGUUUAGAGAAGGAAAAGAAAAACAGGAAAAAAAAAAAAGAGCAUGGGAAGCGGAAGCUUGGAUGAGAUACUUUGUGCAACCGGAGGUCAACAAUUCA